UAAACGGGCAUGAACUGUGAAUUUUAUUUGCUGUAGCCGAGAAAAAACGCGAACCUACUAUAGCGCACAUAUUUUCUUUUAAUUUUUCGUUUAUUUUUACUCAAGAACGGUUAAGAAAUUGUUAAAUACUUGCCCUUUUAACUAGUGCAAAACUUGCGUUAAGAAUUUACUAAAAAAACCAUAGGGGAAGGUACAUAAGUUUGCUUAUAAAAGCGAAAAAUAAAGUGGCACAAGAGGAAGCAUCGGGCACCGCCAUUCGCGGAAGCACCAUUCAAGGCAGCAAAAACAAACAAUUAAAAUUUUGAUAAAUUCUCUUAAAUAAAUUAAGGAAAUAUGAAAUGGGUAUACGCCCAGCUAACGCUUCAAUCAAGCAAAAGCCAAGUUUAAAAGAAAAAUUAAUAAUCAAGCAAAAUCCAAUCAAGUAGCCAAACAGAUAAGGGCACACAAAUUGUGCAAGUGAAUGUCGCUUCAAAAUUAAAACGAUAAAAUAAAGUAAACAAACAGCGCUUGCUGGUGAUUGGCGCCAAACCGCCCACAACCACCACCACCACUAACUUAAAACGCGAUACCAAUAACGUUAGAACGAAUUAUCGUUUUAGAUUUAUUUUUCGCAAAGUCAGGCGUGCGUACGUUACUUUUAUUUGGUAAAUUUUAGUGAGGAUAAAAGAAGUACUUGGUUACCUAUAAACAGAACAGAAAAAAAUAUACAAACUAAAAGAAGUAAACGCGUAGCAGAUUUUUGUAAUAUACAGUCGGUUUAAAGCAACGUGGCUGAGACAGCAGCAACAGCAAAGCCUACAACAGCUGAUCGCCCGAAUUUUUACUUUCAGGCAAUGCCUUCUGCCAUAAGCGGUACCGGACACGGCUCAGGCGCCGUUAGCCAUAGCGUGAACAUACCAAGCAAUGAAGAGUGCGGCAUACGUGAUGUUUGGAAGCAUAAUCUUGAGGAGGAAUUCCGCACAAUACGUAAAGUCGUGCAAAAAUAUCACUAUGUAGCGAUGGAUACCGAAUUUCCCGGCGUUGUAGCGCGUCCCGUUGGCGAAUUUCGUUCCACGGCCGAUUAUCACUAUCAACUGUUGCGUUGUAAUGUCGAUUUGCUGCGCAUCAUACAACUCGGACUGACAUUCAUGGAUGACGAGGGCAAAACACCGCCCGGUUACUCAACGUGGCAGUUUAAUUUUAAAUUUAAUUUAAGUGAGGAUAUGUAUGCGCAGGACUCAAUAGAUCUGCUACAAAACUCCGGCAUACAAUUCAAAAAGCAUGAAGAGGAUGGCAUUGAUCCACUCGACUUUGCCGAAUUACUUAUGUCCUCCGGUAUUGUGCUUGUGGAUAACAUCAAAUGGCUGUGCUUUCAUUCUGGCUACGAUUUUGGUUAUCUACUCAAAUUGUUAACGGAUCAACAUCUACCCGCUGAUGAGAGUGAAUUUUUCGAAUUGUUGCGCAUCUAUUUCCCCAACAUAUAUGAUAUUAAAUAUCUGAUGAAAUCGUGUAAGAAUUUGAAAGGUGGCCUACAAGAGGUGGCCGAUCAAUUGGAAUUGCGACGUGUCGGACCACAACAUCAGGCCGGUUCUGAUGCGCUGCUAACCGGAAUGGCAUUCUUCAAAAUGCGUGAGAUGUUCUUCGAGGACAAUAUCGACAAUGCUAAAUAUUGUGGCCAUCUCUAUGGACUCGGCACAUCCUUCAUCGUAAAUGGCACGAAUUUCCACGAGAACAACGGCGACAACAACAAUGCAACGUGAUUCGUUUUUAUUGAACGCACGGCGAAUACGGCGAUUAACUAAUUGUGGGGAGUUGGAAAUGUCGCGCAGUUCUGAAGAUGAUACUUUUUGUAUUUGUGGGGGAAAAAUUUUCAAAAAACAACAACAACAGCAACAAAAAACUGACUGUUUAGGAAAGUAAAGACGUUGCAGCAAAUGGGUUAAUUUUAAGCAGAAACAAACGCAAAUGGCAUAAGAACAAUUUGUAAACAAGGAGGGCGAACCAACAAGCAAACACAUGCAGAUGUAUAAGCGCAGUUAAAAUUAAUAAUUUUUCAAAACUAAACAUGCAAGAGAAACACAUACCGCAAAACUUUUCAUGCAAAAUAAUAUUAAAAAAGUAGAAACGCAAACACUUGACAGCAAAAAUAUAAAUAAAAAUCUUAGAAAAUAGCAAUUAUUUAUUUAAAAACAUAUCUAUGUGCUAACUACUGUUAAUAUUUAUACGAAAUUGGCAAUUUUUAGUACACACACAACACAAUCACAUACACACACAUACACUAUAUUAUGUAAUACGUAAUUAAAUGUGCAACAAUAGUAAACGUAAUAAUAUUUUUUAACGCAAACCGCUACAAUUUCUAUCAUUAUUAACUAAAAAGAAUACAACAAUAACAAUUGCAAUCGUUAAUUAUUAUAUCUGAUUGAUUGUUUUGCUGAUAAAUAAUUAAAGAUAUAUAAAUAUAUAUGUAUAAAUAUUAUAUGUGUAUGUAAGUUAGAAAUUUUAAGCUACACUUAAACUUAAAACUCUAAUUGUAUGUUAACAUAAUUUAAACAAAUGAAAGUUAAAGAAAAAACCAAACGUACGUAGCAAUAUAUAUACUCCACUGUAAACGUUGUGUCGUCCCUUCCUUGUAAGUGAAAAUAAAAAAAAACAAAAAUUAAUUAAAAUUUAACACUUGUAUUGUAGUAGAAAAAAUAACAAUUAUACAACAUAAAAAAAAAAACAAUGGAAGAAACCGCUAGUUUUAAUAAGCAGAAAAAAUAAAGAUCAAAAAAAAAUUAA